AUGAAAGUGAAUGGUGACUGUUCACUUUCAAGUGAAACUCCCAUGCUCAAAGCUCAAAGUUCCAAGAGGCUACAGAAACUAAAACCCAGUGGAAAGACAGAAGCGCUGGAUCCUUCUAUAAAUUCUGAGAAAACAAAUCCCACACUCAAAGAACACAUUUCCAAGCGCAGCAGAGGGUAUACUGCCUCUAAAGAUCCGUCCUUCAAAAAUGUAACCACGCAUGGACAUAAACUACCUAAACAGUCUUCCCCUGUUAUGACAGACAGGCAAGCAAUAACUGAAGUCCAUUUGGGCAGUAAGCAUGAACUACAGAUCCAGACCCCUCAAGCAGUGCUGUCUGAAACUGACCAGGAUCCUCACAUUGCACAGGGUGAAGAUGAAGAGAGUGAGGAUGCUGAAAGUGAGAUAUCUGAAGGACACCUGCCGCUAGAAUUGUUUGCAGAGUUUCUACAGGCUGUGAUGGCAAAGAACUAUCAACUUGCCUAGAAACACUGUCAAAUGAUUCUUAUUUAUGAGCCCCAGAACUCAGAAGCCAAGAACUUCCUGCCUCUCACUGAAGAGAAGUUACUGAUAGAAGCGAAUGAAGACUCAGACAAUGAUAAUGAUGAAUCUGAUGAAUUUGACACAUCUGAUGAUGAUUAUGAUGACGACGAAGAAGAGGAUGAUGGCAGUGAUGAUGAGGAUGAGUCUUCAGAUAGCUGUGACACAGAUGAAGAAUCUACUGACAACACAGAUGAUACAUUAUCAUCUUCGUCAUAAACGAGCAAAAUACAAACGAAUUAGCAGAAUGCCUUUCCUACGUUCUUAAGCACAUAUGCUUUUGUUGUGGUAUUAAACAAUAUUGUCUUAUGCUCAUAUACAGUAUGUGACGUGUUGAGGACCUCAUAUAUGCACAUAACAUUUAUGAAAAAGACUGACUUGAAAUUAAAUUGUAUUCUGAAUGUGAUUUAUAUGUCUGUGACUGUGUGUAAUCUAAAGACCUCAUGAAAUGGAUUCACAAGUG